AGUUUCUAUUUUUUACCCCCGUCAUGACAAUUUUUUUGCCCUAAUACAGUACACUGCACAGGCAAUGGCUUUGCACUAAUAAAUAUUCAUUGUAUUAACAGGAUGUAAAAAUGCAAAGGCUCUCGGAAUGGAGAAUGGUAAAAUUCGUGAUAAUCAAAUCACGGCAUCAACCCAACAUAAUUACGGCCAUCGGGCACCUAACGGGAGACUCAACUUCAGAGCAGGUAGUGGGAGAACUGGGGCAUGGUCAUCGCUAAGAAAUGAUCGGAAUCAAUGGCUACAAGUGGAUUUUCAACGAUCUACGAUCAUUACAGGAAUAAGUACUCAAGGACGUACAGAUUGUUGUAAUCAGUUUAUCCAGAGCUACACGAUUUCCUUCAGCGAUGAUGGAAAAAAUUUCCGUAGUUAUAAACCAGGGGGAAUGCUUAAAGUAGGCUGAAUUGCAUGUGCAUGGGGUCUUCCUUAUUAGAUAUCCAGCUAUUUCAAUUAAGAUUGUUCCCGAGCAAAACGGAAAAGUCAAAUACGAGCGCGAAAGGCUUGCUGGGAAUCGCUAACAAAUUAAUGAAUUUGUUAGCGAUUCCCAGCAAGCCUUUCGCGCUGGUAUUCGACUUUUCCGAUUUGCUCGGGGACAACCUUAAUUGAAAUAGCGGUAUACGAAAUUGUAUUAUAUGUAUAUGUCUUUAUUAUCACUUCCAUUAAUUUUAGGUAUUCCGGGGAAACAGCGACAGAAGCUCUAUUGUCAAUCGUGUUGUUACACCUUCUAUUAAGGCUCGAUUCAUUCGCAUUCAUCCAAGAGUCUUCCAUCAUCAUAUCUCUAUGAGGGCCGAAUUUUACGGUUGUUCAUAUUGAUGUUCUUCUUAGUCCGAGAAACAAAACGAAGGAAAAUAGAGGGAUUGCUCGCAGUCUAGAUGUUCUCCGGUUAUGGUACCUUGUUUUACAACUCAUUUGGGUUAUAUACUGGAAUUGAUCUAAAUUUCAUUAGAUGUAGUUAAUUAACUAAGGUAUCUUGUCCUACUAUAUUCAUUUUGAUAAUAUCUCAAUUGGAAUUGAUUAAAAUUUCAUUAGAAGUGCUUAAUUAAGUUAUCGUUUUCUUAUAUUUUACUUGUGGCUGUAUACAUUUACUAUUGCCAUCACCCAGGGCUUUUUAAGAUUAAUGCGUCCUUGGGGGGAGGGGGGCAUGUACAAAAAGGGAC